AAGAGAUUCUGUUGUGAUCUGCUUGGUGACGGUUGGUACCAAUAUUUUGGUGUAUAUUUUGUCAUCAAUAGCACAGCAAAGGUGGCCAUGGAAUAUACAGCCAGCCCUAUCGUAGACUAUAGCACUAUUGUGGUGCAGCGAUCAUGCAUACUAGAUGUCCCUUGGCUGUAUAGGAAGCACAAGUGGAGUUGCCGGGUAACACCAUAGUAUAGUCAGUACCACAGAAAAGAAUAUAGGUGCACGUUGAGGCAAAUAAAAGUUCCCGUGCUGACAUUGUUGGACGGACUUUGGCUGAAGUGUGGGCAUUGUGGCUCUAUUGAAUUGCUUCUCAAGGCUGAAUAUUGGGCGGAUUAGUUGGACAUGCAGGGUACGCACAUGCAACAAGCAGUACUCUAGAUAAGCAGGUUACUAAAUGUGCAGUGAAAUGUGUGCCGCCAAGUUACAGCGUGCCGACCAAAUAUCGGAGUCCUUCCGGGAACCAUUCAUCUUCAGUGGUUACCGAUCCUGCCACAGCAGUGUCUCCUCCUGCAUCCUCAGCGCCUUCAGUUGGAACAAUGAAACCUUUAAUUUCUGGACCCAUUUCAUCACCUUUCUCUACUUCAGUUGGAUCUUCACCCAGUAUCUGUGGCACGAGUUGCGAUUUGACGUUGACCCGUUCACCUACCCGCUUCAGGUGUUUAUAGCUUCGAUAUGUCUCUGCAUGUUGGUCAGCUCCACUGCCCAUCUCUUCAACUGCAUAUCAGAGCGAAUCCACCACAUCUGUUUUUUCUUUGACUACAGCGCCAUCAGCAUCUACGGUCUUGCUACCUGCUUAAUGUACAAUGUGUACAUCUUUCCCCAAAGCUUGAUGAACUCAGCCUAUCACGAACUUUACUUUCCAAUCAGCGUGGUCAUCAGCCUUCUCUGUACUUUCUUAGCUUGUGCGGCUCGUCUUGUCAAAUGGAAGAUGUUGCGGAUCUCAGCGUUCUCUACGCAAUACCUUUUCUGCAGCUUUCCGCUGCUGUACCGCUGCGUGUUUUGCGAGGACCACGACUGUGAUCAUCCAGGGGCCAUCCAGUUCCAUGUUUAUCAGUUCAUCUUAUGCACAGUCACUGUUCUCGUUUACGGUUCUCGCUUUCCGGAAGUCGUAGCACCCGGAAAGUUUGACAUAGUCGGUCACAGUCACCAGUUUUUUCACAUCUUCAGUAGCUUGGCAAACUACUGUCAACUGCGAGGGAAUAUCCUUGACAUGCAACACAGACGUGAUUACUUGCUGUCUGAGUUGCCAAUGCCGACGCUCUUCAACACAGCAGGCGUUGUGGUCGGGGUUCUGAUGCUAAACCUCAUCAUCAUUGGCAUUUUCUCCAGUUUCAUUUGGGAGAACAUGGAUUCGCGCAAAGCCAAACAAAAGACGGGUAUUUUGACCAUCCUUUGGCAAAGUGGCAAUAAUAACAUUUUGAAAGAAGAAUAAUUUGCAAACAACUUUUGAAAACCUUUUAUUCAGAUAUAUUUUUAUAACAUUUUCAUAUCGACACAAGUAUUUCUUUACAAUAUGCAUCCUUUUCUUUUGAAAAGAUCUCUUCUGGAACUUUUCUGAAGUAUAUUUUGAAAUAUGGAAUUUAACUCGUACCAUUAAAUUCUCAAAUACUGAGCACAAGAUGUCCUUCAGGCUAACAAGUCACAACUAGUUUUGUGUAUGCUCCAGUCUGUUAUAGGAAAUAUUUGGACCAGUAAAGAAGACUUUGGAGAUGACUGGUGCAGUUCAGACUGUUGUGCUGAAAUUCUUCUCAUAGAACACACACUUUAAUUCCCCAUGUUUCAAAGAUUCUACCUUCUAUAGACUUUCCCGUGGUCCUUGCAGGGAUUGAACUGAAAUAUUUGCUUAAAUAAUAGGCGUAGCCACGGGCAUUCUAAACAGGAGUUUGUAGCUAGAGUUGAGGUCAAAGUAUUCUCAGGAAGCUGCUUCAAGCACAAUGCGGUGUGAUACGGAUCAAUAAAAACUAGAAUAGCGAUGAAACGGGAUGACCUUGUAUUGGCUCUGCUGUAUUGACCUACUAAAGCCUCUAAAGUGUAUAUCUAUCCAACACUAUAAAGCAGAUUGUCCCAUAAACCCAGGACAACUGUUUACUAUUUCAUCAUCACCAGACUGUGAUGAUAGAGUGGAUACCAGUCCUUCUGUACCUUCUAAUGAAAAUACUACAGACCAAGGCGAGCUUCACAUCUACAGUUUACACCGUGCAUGUAUUUAAAUGACCCCCCC